AUGCUUCAUGUAGAUGAAUGGACAGAGGUGGACAGAAAACGAGUUCUGCACGACAUCAUCUCAACCAUGUUCAAUCGAAAGUUUAUGGAGGAAUUGUUCAAACCCCAAGAGCUCUACUCCAAGAAGGCCCUGAGGACCGUCUAUGACCGCCUGGCUCAUGCCUCCAUUAUGAGACUGAACCAGGCCAGCAUGGAUAAGCUCUAUGACCUGAUGACUAUGGCUUUCAAACACCAAGUGUUGCUGUGCCCCCGCCCCAAGGAUGUGUUGCUCGUCACUUUCAAUCAUUUAGAUGCCAUCAAGGGAUUCAUCCAAGACUCCCCAGCCAUCCUGCAUCAAGUGGAGGAGAUUUUCCGGCAGCUGACUGAAACAUACGGGGGCCUCUCUGCGGGGGAGUUCCAGCUGAUCCGGCAGACCCUCCUCACCUUCUUCCAGGACCUGCACAUCCGGGUAUCCUUAUUUCUAAAGGACAAAGUUCAGAAUUCCAACGGUCGCUUCGUGUUGCCGGUGUCCGGGCCCGUUCCCUGGGGAACUGAAGUUCCUGGACUCAUCAGAAUGUUCGACAGCAAAGGCAAAGAAGUGAAGAAGGUAGAAUUCAAGCAUGGUGGAAACUAUGUCACUGCACCAAAAGAAGGUUCUUUUGAACUUUAUGGAGACCGAGUCCUGAAACUGGGAACCAAUAUGUACAGUAUGAACCGGCCGGUGGAAACCCAUAUGUCUGGGGCAUCAAAAAACUUAGCUCCACGGACCCAGGAAAACAUUGCUCCAAACCCUCUUGCUAAAGAAGAGCUGAAUUUCUUGGCCAGGCUGAUGGGAGGGAUGGAGAUUAAGAAACCCAGUGGCCCUGAGCCAGGAUUCCGGUUGAAUCUCUUCACCACUGAUGAAGAGGAGGAACAAGCAGCCCUAACCAGGCCAGAAGAGUUGUCCUACGAAGUUAUCAACAUACAAGCUACUCAGGACCAGCAAAGGAAUGAAGAGCUGGCUCGCAUCAUGGGGGAGCUGGAGGUCACGGACCAGCCGAGGCAGAGUGCCAGCAAGGGGGAUGAUCUACUUGCCAUGAUGGAUGGGCUGUAG